AUGAUCAGCUUCUAUGUCUACUUGGUUGUCGGAAUCUCGGGAUGCAUGCAGCUCAGAGAGGAGACAGAUAGGCCAAUACCGCGUCCGGACGGACCAUCCGGGAAAGUCGAUCUUCCCGCGUAUUGGUACUUAGACCCGCUCGCGGGGUACCGAUAUGGACUCAACAUCAAUGCAGGCAUUGACUACUGGAAUGUUGAGACACGGGAACGUCUCAUGGCAAUGCUGGACGAGUUCGAAAGGACGACCCGUAACAGCACGGGGGUAUUGACGAAUUGUUGGUUUCAAAGAAUUCCCCGUCUGCUUGGAAUGGAGGAGAUGGCAAGAAUCGUGUAUCCCAACUCAUCGAGAAGAGAUCAUCAAACAAUAGCCUUGAAGCAAAUGCUGCGCUUGAAACCAUUCUCCGAAUUCGAUCGGGAUAUUAAGUUCAACGAGAACGAUACGGUGAUCGUUGCCUCUCGAUGCAAACUCCGCCCGAUGCGUGUUGUAGACGCGAACGACGAGAAGCUCAUGGUACGCAACUUGAGGCGAAUUGUGGCUAAAUAUCCAGAUUUAAAUUCUAGUAUCAACGAUCCUUCCGUUGGAGUCGGAGCCGUCGGCUGCUCCAUCUGGUUCGGACUAGAUUGCCCGCUCAUAUUUUUACCUCUCGUGGUUUGGAAGGCCGAGUUUCACGAGUUCUUCACUACGCCGUACGUUUUCCUCCAUAAAGCAGAGGCGGACUCAGAUGAGAAAAUGCGCGCGGCGUUCCUUUGCCUCCUGCUUCUAUUCUUGGAGUUCUAUUUCGCUGCUUCGUACUGUCUAUACAUGAUGCUCACGACCGAGACACCCAAAUUCGUCUGGGUCUCUUUGCUCAAGGUUGUAACUCUGAUCAGCUCGUUCGAGUGCUUCCAUCACAUGUUGGUACUUCCCGCUUUUGUGACAUCGAAUGAAAGUUUCCGCAAGAUGAUAGCGAAAAUGAGUUCCAUUUCAUUGGUCUGA